AUGGCAUUAGUAAUCCACUGGAGAAAUAAUCUCAGCCUGCACGGAACUCCGUUGUCACCUCGACUUACUUCGGCACAGCAGAGGAUUCGCCCAUACAUUGCACUUCACAAUGCACAAUUGAUUACUACUCAGAGUAUUAUCGAUAAUACAUUUGUUCCUUAUUCAAGCAUCAAUGACGCAGCAUCUCACCGGCGCGGACGAAGGGGCCAGCAAGAUGGAUGUAUUAGAGCCGCCAAAAGAAGUCUCUGGUUCGACACACUUCAUACUGUCGAAAGUCCAUCGGACGCGAGCGCUCUAGAAAGCGAGCAUGUCAAGCUUGUACUAAAGCAAAAGCACGUUGCGAUGCUGCUCUUCCGCAUUGUUCUCGGUGCUCUAUGCGUGGUCUUACAUGUGAUUAUGCCGCUGGCUCUCAUACUCGUCAAUCUUCACAGAACUUCUUUCGAUAGAGCGACACAUGACCAAAGAGACCGGACGGCUGUUGAAAACUCUGGGUCUUUUGAUGGGCCUGAUUCCGUCUCCCAAGAUCUCCUCUAUUCAGCAACACUGUUCCCAGGGCCUUUGAAGCUAUUCGUUCCGGAAAACAUUAGCAACAAAAAGUCACCACUGAUACAGCGUUAUCUUCUGUGCACUCUCCGCUCGUACCCCGUUAUGAUGCUUCGCGGCCAGAAUCCUCCCUUUAUUCACCCCCAUUUGCUUUUUGAAGACUCUGGGGACUUGAGAUGCAGACAGAGAAUCAAGACAGGGCCACUGGCUGUUUGCAAUGAACUUCUGCAAAUGUUCACUAUGAAGAAUAGAGACAAUGUUCUCCAGAUUUGGCGAGCGAUAAGAAUGGAGCAAGAGAGAUUAUUGAUGGGGGUUUGUUGCACCAUCUUUGGCAAAGAGAUGUCCUAUGACCUUAAUCAAACCCUUGCUGCUCUUCAGGCCAUAGCCAUAUAUUUCAUUCUCCGUAUCUUUGAAAAGAAUGAAAAUGCAACCAACUUUGAUGUUCCACUGGUGCAAACAAUGCUGCACUUCUCAACAGUCGCCUGCCGAGCGGACGAAAUCUAUGGCAAGCAGACUCGAAAUCAGAAUGGAGUCAUGCCUCACUACCCAACCUCAAAAUUGACAUACGCAAAUCUUCUGGAGUAUAAUCUCAAAAACGACGGCAGUCUUGAUUUUUGGCUAUCGGACAUUGAUGAGUUUGGGAAUUUCGUCAUGGCCGCAGCGAGUGUACAGGAAUGA